AUGUCUUCCUCCGAGUUCUUCUUGCCCAACCCGGCCGUGGGAGAUCGCAAUGGCGUGGAAGAUUGGCGCAUUCGCGGCAUGACACCUCUCACAUCGCCUGACCUCCUCCAACACGAAAUUCGCCAGACGGAAAAGUCCAAGGAGACGGUUGUUCAGGGUCGCAAUGAGUCGGUCGAUAUCGUACACGGCAAAGAUGAACGCCGCAGGCUGCUCGUCGUUAUUGGGCCCUGUUCGAUCCACGACCCGAAGAUGGCUCUGGAGUACUGCGACAGACUGCUUGAGUUGAAGAAGAAGUACGAGAACGAUCUCUUGAUUGUCAUGCGAAGCUACCUGGAAAAGCCACGCACAACGAUUGGAUGGAAGGGUCUGGUCAACGACCCGGACAUUGACAACACCUUCAACAUCAACAAGGGCUUGCGGGUGUCUAGACAGCUGUUCCUCGAUCUCACCACCAAGGGCAUGCCUCUUGCGUCCGAGAUGCUGGAUACCAUUAGCCCACAGUUCACCGCAGACCUGCUGUCAGUGGGAGCUGUCGGUGCCCGUACAACCGAGAGUCAAGUGCAUCGCGAGCUUGCUUCCGGCCUCUCCUUCCCAGUUGGCUUCAAGAACGGUACGGAUGGCUCCCUGGGAGUUGCUAUCGACGCUAUUGGCGCGGUACAGCACCCACACCAUUUCCUGUCAGUUACAAAGCCUGGCAACGUCGCCAUUGUAGGCACCGACGGUAACGACGAUUGCUUCGUCAUCCUUCGUGGAGGCACCAAGGGAACGAACUUCGACGCCAAGUCCAUCGCAGAAGCAAAGGCUGCACUCGAGAAGAAGAAUCUCCGCCCACUUCUGAUGGUCGACUGCAGUCACGGCAACUCUCUCAAGGACCACAAGAACCAGCCCAAGGUCGCAAAGGUUCUCGGCGAUCAGAUACGCGAUGGUGAGACCGCGAUUAUGGGAGUCAUGAUUGAGUCAAACAUCAACGAGGGUAACCAGAAGGUACCACCAGAGGGCAAGUCCGGUCUCAAAUACGGGGUCUCCAUCACUGAUGCCUGCAUCCAUUGGGAGGAUACCGAGGUGGUUCUGAAGGAUCUUGCGGAAGCUGUGGCAGCGCGAAGGGAGAAGCUGGGUCCGGUCAAGCAGACGAAUGGCGCCAAUGGCCAUGCUUGA